AUGUCACAUUCAUAUAAAUCAUUAGAUAAUGCAAUAGCCACAGUUAAAGAAUUAGGCGAUUCAAUUGUCAAAGAUGGAUUACCCGAUGAUUUUAAUCCAAUGACUUUUGUAUUUACUGGCAAUGGGAACGUUUCCAAGGGAGCACAACAUAUUUUCCAAAAUUUACCACAUGAAAAUAUUAAUCCAAAGGAUUUGAAAGAAUGUGUUUCUGAUAAACAUAAAUUUAGUAACAAGAAAAUAUAUGGAUGCCAAGUUAAAUUAGAAGAUUAUUUGAUUCGUAAGGAUACAGGAAAAUUUGUAUCAAAAUCAGAUUAUUAUUCCAAUCCAGACAAAUAUUUAUCAGAAUUUCAUUCAAAGAUUGCACCAUACACAUCUAUGCUUAUACAUGGAUCUUAUUGGGAUACCAAAUUUCCAAGAUUAAUUACUACCAAACAACUGCGGGAAAUUCAAUCAAAUCCAACCAUUAAAAAUAGAUUAUUAUGUAUUUCAGACAUUAGUUGCGAUAUAAAUGGAGCUUUGGAGUUUCUUUCACACUCCACUAAAAUCGAUGACCCAUUUUAUUAUGUUGAUGCUGUCAAUAAUAAAGAACACAAAAGUGAUGAUGGUCAAGGGACACAAAUAAUGGCGGUGGAUAUUUUACCAACAGAAAUACCACUCGAGAGCAGUAAACAUUUUAAAAAUAAUCCUGUUUUAUCAAGUGCGACUAUAGCAAAAGAUGGGAAAUUAAUGGAUCGGCAUAAAAAUUUAUAUAACUUAUUACCAAAAUCAACAAUAAAUUCUACUUCUACCGCUACUGCCACAGCAAGCACUGAAACUGGUGCUAAAAAAGUGACAAUAAAUAAUCAUAUUAAGAAAAAGAUUUUGUUACUAGGAAGUGGAUUUGUUGCUAAACCAUUUGUUGAUUAUUUAAGCGCCAAAAAUGAUUUAGACCUAGUUAUUGCAAGUAAUGCUAAGGAAGAAGCAAUUGCUUUGACACAUGGAAAUCCAAAUAUUCAAAUUGUUAACCUUGAUGUAAAUAAUAAACAAGACUUGAGUGGAUUGGUGGAAAGGUCUGAUGUUGUUGUCAGUUUUAUACCAGCACCUUUACAUCCAAUUGUUGCAGAGCAAUGCAUCUUGCAUGGAAAGCAUAUGAUAACUGCCAGUUAUAUAUCACCAGAGAUGAAGGCCUUGGAUGAACGUGCCAAGCAAGCGAAUAUAACUAUAUUAAAUGAGAUAGGAGUAGAUCCUGGGAUUGAUCAUUUAUCGGCAAUGAAAGUAAUCGAUGAAGUGAGAGAUGAGGGAGGAGAAAUAACAUCAUUUAUUUCAUGGUGUGGUGGAUUGCCAGCUCCAGAAGCAUCAAAUGUUCCAUUGGGUUAUAAGUUUAGUUGGUCGCCCAAAGGUGUGCUCACUGCAGCUUUAAAUGAUGCAAAAUUUUGGAUGAAUGGAAGGUACCAAGAAAUUCCUGGAGGAGAUUUGCUCAAAUCGCAUUUUCCAUCAGUAUUAACAUAUCCAGGAUUUGCAUUUGAAGGUUUAGCAAAUAGGAAUUCAUUGUCAUACAUUGACACAUAUGGUUUAUCGCCUUUAGAAACAAAAAAAGCAAUGUUCAGAGGUACCUUAAGAUAUAAGGGGUAUUCAGAUUUAAUGUAUUCAUUCUAUAAACUUGGAUUAUUGGAUACUAAACCAUUUAAAAAUUCGAAUCUUUGUAAUUGGUCUGAUUUUUUUGAUAAUUUAUUAUUUAAUAAAUUAAAUGGUAAUGGUAAUAUGAUGACAAUGAUAACCGAAUCUGAUAGGAUAACAGCUAUUUCAGAAAAAUUGAAUUUAGCUAAAGACCAUUAUAUGAUCGAUCAGGAUAUUAUAUCAUCUUCAUCAAUAGCACCAAUUGAUUUAUUUUGUACGUUAUUACAACAAAAGUUAAAAUAUAGUUCGCACGAAAGAGAUUUGUUAGUUUUGCAUCAUGAAUUUGGGAUCAAAUUAAAAAAUGGACAAGAUCAAAUUAAGACAUCGUCGUUGGUAUCUUAUGGAUCAUUAGAUACUUACACGGCAAUGGCAAAAACUGUAGGAUUGCCGAGUGCGAUUGCCGCAGAAAUGGUUGCAAGAGGAAUCUUGUCACCAACUACGAAAUCUACUUAUUUACCGAUUCUAGAAAAAUUGGAAAAUGAAGGAAUAAAAAUUGUAGAAAAUGUGGAAUGUCAUCGCAAAGAGACGAGCCAGAAGUUGGAGUGUAGUGGUAGUGGAAUUUGGAAUUAA